GGGCAAUCGACUUGCACGCCGACGGGUCCACCAACAUCUACCUGGCCCACCACUGUACUCCUCCUCCUCGUCGCUCGAAGCCGACAGGACGUCCAAUCAUUGCGAUUGGGAGAAUAUCGUGGCAGUACCAUGAGUCCAAUUAGUCGCCAUGCCUCUUUCCAAGUCAUUCUCUGAGCAGUCCAGAUUUCCAAAGCAACGACAGGCUCAAUGGCAGAGAGCAAAGUCUCACUCUGGCGCCAUCCCCUCCAAGCCGCCAACUCGGCCACCUGCCCCCGUCUCCGCCACCACAAAAAACAAGCUGUCCAAGUUCCAGUUCCACAAACCACCCGCUGAACAGUCUGAUAUUCCCCCCAAUCUUGCUCCCAUAUCGGAGGAUCAAGACACGCCACCGGCCGGCGGCGGGACUACCAACCCUUCGGAAAAUGCCGAUUCCAACAAGGAAAACCUACAAACAGAGGGGCAGGAUCCAACCGACUCGAAAUCCUUCUCGGGCCAGCAGAAACGUGCCGCAGUGACGCCCGUCAGCAGGCUGGCCUGGCAGGAUCUCAUGGGUGUGGACGAUGCCGACAAGCAUGAGGAAGACACCUCCCCUACUGAACGCCUACUCUGGCAUAACGACCCGGACGAUAUAGUCGAUAUGAUGUCGCCCCUAGUGCCGCGUCGGGGUAAAAAGCGUGCCCGCAGCUCAUCGCCCCUGUCCUCUCCAGCCCGUGAAAAGUCACGAACACCCGUUGUGAACGUCAAAAAGCUCAAGAAGGCCUUGAAGUCGGAGCCUGCAGACCCGGCUCUUGACUUGUGGGAUCGCUUUGCCGUCGGAGGGGCAACAGACAGCAAAAACGCAUUGGGUGCUACCAACCCAGCCCUUGCCCACCUGAUGGUGUCAUCUUCCCCUCGGCCGCCAAAGGAUGGGAGUCCCAACCACGCGGAAAGCAGUCUGAGAAGAGCGAUAAGCUGCGGCUCUCACUGGCCAAAACGCCGAAGGGUUGAAAGUGCAUCCGAGUCCCGGCCUGUCAAAGACAUUGCGAGAGAUGCCAAGUCCCAGAUGGUGUCAGCUCUGCUUGAGACGGUCAAUGGCGAGAUAAGUAAGACUGAGCGCACAGAGGAGGAACACGCGGGCAUGGACUCGCCGUCACUCAAGAGGAGACGAUCCCCAAGAAAGCAGAUGCCACACCCGAGCCCAGCAGUCUCACCCCAACAACCUAAGCUUCAGUGUGCAGCGUCACCGCAGACGACUCCUUCCCGCGACGGCACGAAGCGUCGACAGAGAACACCACCUUCGGAUUAUGGAGAUGAUGAUUUCGACGACGAUACCCUCUUGGAGCUCGAUGUUUCUGUGCUUAGCGGGCAGACAGAGACUAGAACUUUCUCAGGAGCGGCGGCGACUCUCGCCGAAAAAGAUGUGCAGGAGGCCGGCGAGCAAUUCUCAAAACAAGCAGCGACUUCGGAUGAUGAGUUUGAUGAUAUGGAUGACGAUUUACUGGCUGUGGCGGAUGACAUCGUCAGGAAAGCCGAUCCAACCUUAACACAACAACCCGCUCCACCUCCCCCGCCCACUACAGUCCCAUAUGAUGGCGGCACCGAGGACGACGAUCAGUUUGGUGAUGACUUUGGCGGGGACUUUGACUUCGAAGCCGCAGAGCUGGCUGCUACACAGACAGCUGGUGGUCAAGCCGAUUCAUCAUUAAUGCCCGUGAGCCAUAAGCCAACCGCAAUCCAGCGGUACCUGGUGACCAAUGUGCUUGAGAACACGUUCACGGACGAGCGUGGGCGAGAAGCACCGGAGGCAAUCCUGAUUGUCCAAGCCGAGAGAUCAAAGACCACAAAGACCGUCCGCCUCCGAGGGGACUGGGUCGACACUCCAGUUCAUCCCAAAUCGCAUGUACAUAUUAUCGGCAGCUUUGGGCCUGAUGGCCAAUGCGUUGUCGACAACAACCAAAACAUCCUGAUCCUCCACCCGGACCAGCUGAUCUCGGCCACCGUUGUUGCCGACUCGUUCAGUUGCAUGCGGCGGGCAGUCUUACAGGAUCGAGUGAAAGCUACCAGUGAGGCUUCUGCACCACUUGUAUACGGCACGAUCCUGCACGAGAUCUUCCAAGAGGCGCUUGUGGCGAACAGAUGGGACCAGGCUUUUCUGAACAACGUGAUCGAGAAGACGAUGAAGAAGCAUAUCGAAGACUUGUAUACGAUCAAGGUCAACUUUACCGAUGCGCGGGAGCAUCUAUCCUCGAAGAUGCCUGAGCUACGAGGCUGGGCCCAGAAGUUUGUUUCGUCGUACCCCAAGCCAGAUGCAGUUGCCCAUGGCCGGAACAGCGACAAGUCGAGCAUAUGUGUGAGCAAGCUACUUGACAUUGAGGAACAUGUCUGGUCACCUUUAUAUGGCCUAAAAGGCAACAUUGACGCGACCGUUCAGGUCACUGUCAAGAAUAGGCAGGAGAGCCGGACGCUCACUGUUCCGUUUGAAGUCAAGACUGGCAAGAAUGUCAGCGAGAGCCACCAGGCCCAGACAAUGUUGUACAACUUGCUUUUGUCGGAUCGAUAUGACAUCGAGAUCGUCUACGGCAUCCUAUACUAUAUGGAAACAUCGCUGACAAAGAUCAUCCCUGCCGUACGCCACGAACUUCGCCACAUGAUCAAACAGCGCAACCAGCUCGCAGUCUACAUUCGCGAACGCAGUGUGCAGCUUCCGCCGAUGAAGAACAGCAAGCACGCUUGUGGCAAAUGUUACGCCCAGAACUCGUGCUUCACAUAUCAUAAACUCGCCGACGAUGGAGAUGGGGAUUCAAGUGGUCUGCAGGAGAAAUUUGAUCAGGUCGUGAAGCAUAUGACGCCAGUUCACAAGGAAUUCUUCCUGAAGUGGGAGGACUUGCUGACGAAGGAGGAGAAGGAGAGCCAGAAGCUCCGGCGGGAGCUGUGGACGAUGCUCAGCGUGGAGCGUGAAAAGGUUGGCAGGUGCUUCGCCGACGUGAUCAUCGAGGAGGGCUCAGCCUCGGAGGACACACACAGUCAAAAGAUCAACCGCUUUCACUACGCGUUUAUCAAAGAAGACGCAGCACCUGGGUUCUCUUUCGUGGACUCCCAGAUCGCGGUGGGAGAGCCUAUUGUCGUAUCGGACGAGCAAGGGCAUUUCGCCUUGGCCCUCGGCUACGUCACAGCUGUCAGAAAACAGCGGAUCAGCGUGGCCGUCGAUCGGAGGCUUCACAAUGCCCGUAUUAGGCAGCCUGGAUUCGACCAGAAAGACAACCAGGUCUACGCCAGCAUCAUGGAGGUUGUCCCCGAAGGCGUGCCCUCUGAGCAAUCAAAAGGCAAGAUCAAGGAGCCGCCGAUUCGAUACAGGCUGGAUAAAGACGAGUUCAGCAACGGGAUGGCAUUGGUCCGAAACAACAUUGUGUCAAUCAUGACAAAUGUACACUUCGGGUCUGAGAAAAUUCGCCGGCUGGUUGUGGACCUGGAAGCCCCUACGUUCAAGACAGCGGCAACACAGUACACCAUUUCUGAUAAGGACAGCCUGAACGUCGACCAAAAGAGGGCCAUCGAGAAGGUUAUGAGUGCUAAAGACUACGCUCUUGUUCUUGGUAUGCCCGGCACUGGAAAGACGACAACUAUAGCCCACAUCAUACGGGCAUUGGUCGCUCAGAAGAAGAGUGUCCUGCUUACCUCUUACACACACACCGCAGUUGACAACAUCCUUCUUAAGCUCAAGCACGACGAGAUUCCUGUGCUCAGACUUGGUGCACCUGCCAAGGUCCACCCCGAGGUCCAAGACUUCGCCAUAUUGGCAGGACAGCCCAAGGAUACCUUCGAAGAGAUCCGCAGUGCCUGGCAUGAUACACCCAUCGUCGCAACUACUUGCCUCGGCACGAGCCACGCCAUUUUUAACGAGCGGACAUUUGACUACUGCAUCGUGGAUGAAGCGUCACAGAUCACCCUGCCGAUUUGCUUAGGCCCUAUCCGCAUGGCCCGCACAUUCGUCCUCGUCGGUGAUCACAAUCAGCUGCCGCCUCUGGUCCAGAAUGAGGAGGCCAGGAUCGGUGGCCUGGAUAUCAGUCUAUUUAAGCUCCUUUCCGACACCCAUCCCGACUCUGUUGUCAACCUGGAGCACCAAUAUCGGAUGUCCGAGGAUAUCAUGACGCUCAGCAACACUCUGAUCUAUGAGGGCCGACUGAAAUGCGGGACUGAAGAGCUGCGACUGCGCAAACUCGAUGUGCCAAACAUGGACGGUCUGCGCAAGCACCACCACGACGCUACGACUCUUGCGUCCUCCCAGACGAACUCGUUCUGCACAGGUGUUGGUGGAUGCUGGCUGCGCGACCUGGUGGACCCCGAGACCCGCGUCAGCUUUGUCAAUACCGACGACCUGCCAUCCUCGCGGGAAGAAGCGAAGGGGAAUCGCAUUGUCAACCCGUGCGAGGCUCGUAUCGUCGUACAGCUCGUUGAUUCUCUGCUCAGUGUUGGCGUCCCGGCCUCCGAGAUUGGCGUGAUGACGCACUACCGCUCUCAGCUGUCACUGCUCAAGCACGGCCUGCGAGGGCAUGGCGCCAACAAUGGGGGUAUCGAGAUGCACACGGCGGAUCGCUUCCAGGGCCGGGACAAGGAGGUUGUCAUCCUGUCUCUGGUCAGGUCGAACGAGGUGUGCAGCAUCGGAGACCUGCUCAAGGACUGGCGGAGGAUCAACGUCGCCUUCACCCGCGCCAAGACCAAGCUGCUCGUCGUCGGGAGCCGGAGCACUCUCAAGGGAAGCGGGUGCGAGGAGAUGCUGGCACGGUUCAUCGGACUGAUGGAGCAGCGGUGCUGGAUCUACGACCUGCCGCCGGAUGCGCUUGACGGGCACUACUUUGAGGAUGCCGGUACCCAAAUCACGGCGACGGCGGCGACGGCGCUGGGUGGCAGCCCAGUCGAGAAGGCCAAGAAGCAGCUGAACAGCACGGGCGUCCUCUGGAGCGAUGCUGGCACGAAACAGACUCUGCUACCGCCGUUCAAGCAGCCGAAGAAGAAGAUUAUGGGAGACAGCCAGGGCGGAAAGGAAAAUCAACCACCGCAGAGAGCGGGGACGAGGAGAGGGAAGAUUGAUGAGAAGGUAUUGCUCAAGGGGAAGCCAAAUCUGGCCAAUAUUCUAAGCGACAUGACUGGGAAUACUUACUAGGCGUUGGAUUACAUGGAUUAAGGGGCUCAACAACGAGGUUGGGCUGGUACACACAUGGAUAUGGUCAGGGGCGGUUUGGUCUAUUGUAUCUCUAGGAUUACAACAGCAUUCGUCCUGCCCACCGAGGCCCAAUUUCGAGGGAGGCUCGGUGUUGCUUUUUGCUCAAUACUCGCGGGCUCUCCUGUAGGGCUAUAUGAUGCAAGGAGAGCCAUGAAACAUAUGGCUAUUCAGGUAGAAACAAGAUCAGAGCCUGAAUUCCUGCCCUACGGGAUUAUUACCGAGGUGGUCGAAGUCGUGAUCAGACGCCCGUUCCGACAUUUCUCGAUCUUGGCUGUUCCAAGUUUCAGCCGUGUAAGACGAUUGGCGCGGUUCUCGG